ACACUGGACAGUUUACCGACUCUUAUUAGCGAAUGUCUAGCAGAGCUGUAGAGGAGGGUUGUUAUAACGCGUUUUAGUAAAGAGACAGAUAAAAAAACAACUGAUUUCAUGAGUCGCUUUUGGCUACAUCUGUUCUUUGUGCUCGCGUGGCUCAGUUUCUGGGAGCCUGCCGAGGCACGAAGAGCACGGUUUAAACCAACACCACCGAAGCCAAAGAAAUCCGAGGCAGAAAAAGCUAUUGAAAAACUAGCUCCAGGUCAAAACAUCAACAUUGAUCAGAUGAGUGGGAAGUGGUACCUGCUUACUGUAGCAUCACGGUGUAAGAAUCUUCUGGAAAGCGGCUUCAAAGUGGAGAGCACGACUGUCACUUGGACUGUCACUGGUGACAAGGUGUCUGUCAGCACUGUGAGAAAACUCAAUUUUGAGUGCUGGGAGAUCAAGCAGAACUACAUGAAAACAAAGACCCCUGGCCAGCUCUUUCUCAAAGGUAAGAGACCUGAUGAGAAUAUGGACAUAAUGGUGCUUGAGACGGACUACAGCUCAUAUGCAAUGUUGGUUUUUAAGAGAGCAGGGAAAAUUACCAUGAAACUAUAUGGACGGUCGAGUGAAGUGCCUGAUAAAAUCGUGGAUACGUUUGAGGAUCGUGCAAAGACAUUCAAUUUGGGAUUGGACGUCAUUUUCCAGUAUCCCGACUAUGGGUUCUGCGAGUCCACAGAAAAGGUCCUGGAUAUGACCUAAGACUGACUGGCCUGCAUCUUUGAUUUUGAGCACUGUGAGAAUUACAAAAAUAAAGUUAUUUUGUAAUUUCAA